UCAUACUGACUUGAUGCUGCCGCCCCCCAUAGCGUCUCUGAGGCUCAGAGGAAAGGUUGAAGUUGAUCCACAGGGGAUAUUUUCACAAAACCUUUCUGUACAUUAACAGGACCGGAACUGACUGUUAUCGGGGUUAAAUCUAACAGAGGAAGUUUAUUUGUGGGAAUUAAACUCCGCUCGGUAUGACUGAUGACCGAUGGACAAAAGGACAUUCCACACUCAUGGCAGCGAUGGAGAACGAGACGUGGCCCCACCAUGCAUACUUGCCCCAUUAUCUCCUGCGUGGUGACCCUUUCGCCUCAAGACUGUCCAAAGAGGCGGAUAUCAUUGCAGCCUUUUACAUCUGUUUAAUAGGAAUCAUGUCUGCAACAGGGAAUGGCUAUGUCAUUUAUAUGACCAUCAAACGCAAGACCAAGUUGAGGCCUCCUGAGCUCAUGACUGUUAAUCUAGCCAUCUUCGACUUUGGCAUAUCAGUGACAGGAAAACCCUUUUUCAUUGUGUCUAGUUUUUCCCACCGCUGGUUGUUCGGCUGGGAAGGUUGUCGCUUCUAUGGCUGGGCAGGCUUCUUUUUUGGUUGUGGGAGCCUCAUCACGAUGACCGUGGUCAGUCUGGACCGGUACCUCAAGAUCUGCCAUCUCAGAUAUGGCACAUGGCUUCAACGCCACCAUGUCUUCCUGUGCCUGGUCUUUGUGUGGGUGUAUGCAGCUUUUUGGGCCACCAUGCCCCUGACUGGUUGGGGAAACUAUGCCCCAGAGCCCUUCGGGACCUCCUGCACAUUGGACUGGUGGCUGGCACAGGCCUCUGUGUCCGGCCAAAGCUUCGUCCUGGCCAUCCUGUUCUUCUGUCUCAUCCUUCCAACAGGCAUCAUCGUCUUCUCUUACGUCAUGAUUAUCUUCAAAGUCAAGUCCUCUGCAAAGGAGAUUUCAAACUUUGACGCCCGCAUCAAAAACAGCCACAGCCUUGAGAUAAAACUCACAAAGGUGGCAAUGCUGAUCUGUGCAGGCUUCUUGAUAGCCUGGAUCCCUUAUGCAGUGGUGUCAGUGGUGUCAGCGUUUGGUGAGCCGGACUCUGUGCCCAUCUCUGUGUCUGUCAUUCCCACGCUGCUGGCCAAGUCUUCAGCCAUGUACAACCCCAUCAUCUACCAGUUGGUGAACCUGAGACGUUACUGCAGGAUAUCCUCCUGUUUCAAGGUCCUGAAGAAACGCAGGAAUUUUAGAAAGUCAAGGUUCUACACCAUCGCUGGCUCGUUAAAGGACAAUCCAUCAGCUAAUGAAGCUGAAAUCGAGAUGUGACUGUGUCUACCUCUUCUACUUUGGACAGUAUGCCUUGUUUCCUGCCCUCUCUGCCCUACACAUACCCAAUCACAUGCUGCCUGUCACCUGUUAUGAUAUUAUCUACAGCUCACCUUUGUUGCCGAUGGCUCCUGAGUUCUUACACCCACGCCUCCCCUUACUCUGAAAUACGUCUUUCCCACAAGGUUUUGCUUAUUCUGUGGAGUUGCGUUGUCUUAGCAAUGGCAUACAAGUGACUUGUUGUUUGACCUUCUUGACUUAGUUUUUAAGUGUUACAGACACGCUGUCUUUCAAUGCUAUGUUACUGAUUGACUCACCACGGUGUUGUCAUACUACGGCUCGACUGAGGUUUGAAAACUUGACACGUUUGCAAGUAAAUUCAAGUCAAAUCUGAAGCCAUAACUUUUUGUGAAUCCAAAUCUUACAGAAGCCGGAACAUUUCUAUAAAAAUGUAAAUAUAUUUUCAAAUGUUUCUAAAACUGAACUGCAAAUUUAAGCAAAAUAAUCUGACUUGAGCUAUGUCAAAAACAGAUUGAGGUGUAACUGUCAAGCUCAAAGUUGUAUUUUUACUGUUUGUACAGAUUGUUGU